AUGAGAGGUAGAUGGAUCCCUCUGGUGUCGUGGUGCAGUAACCCAGCAGUGUCAGAGCUGGGGUGCCAGGGCUGGAGUGCCAGGGCUGGAGUGCCAGGGCUGGAGUGUCAGGGCUGGAGGCCAGGGCUGGAGUGCCAGGGCUGGAGUGCCAGGGCUUGGGUGUCAGGGCUGGAGUGCCAGGGCUGGAGUGCCAGGGCUGGAGUGCCAGGGCUGGAGUGUCAGGGCUGGAGUGCCAGGGCUGGAGUGCCAGGGCUUGGGUGUCAGGGCUGGAGUGCCAGGGCUGGAGUGCCAGGGCUGGAGUGCCAGGGCUGGAGUGUCAGGGCUGGAGUGCCAGGGCUGGAGUGCCAGGGCUGGAGUGCCAGGGCUGGAGUGCCAGGGCUGGAGUGCCAGGGCUGGGGUGCCAGGGCUGGAGUGCCAGGGCUGGAGUGUCAGGGCUGGGGUGCCAGGGCUACGGUGCCAGGGCUGGAGUGUCAGGGCUGGAGUGUCAGGGCUGGAGUGUCAGGGCUGGAGUGUCAGGGCUGGAGUGCCAGGACUGGAGUGCCAGGGCUGGAGUGUCAGGACUGGAGUGCCAGGGCUGGAGUGCCUGGACUGGAGUGUUAG